AGAACGUGAGUAGAUUACCUUGAAAACAACGGGCGGACAUCUUGGACGCAGUAUCCAGUUCUUAUUAUACCGCAGUGCCUUUGUCCAAGAAGCCCAUAUACAACAGAGGAAACCCUGUGCAGUGCAAGCAGCCAUCUUGGAUAGACAGCCAAGGCAGAUACUUCAGGCAGGAUAACCUACAGAUCCCUUCUGAGCAGCUCAAGACAUAAAACCGACAAUUCCCGAGCCACGAUGGCCACCGCACCGUACAACUACUCCUACAUUUUCAAAUACAUUAUCAUCGGGGACAUGGGGGUAGGGAAGUCGUGUUUGCUUCAUCAGUUCACAGAGAAGAAAUUCAUGGCGGACUGCCCCCAUACGAUUGGCGUGGAGUUUGGCACGAGGAUAAUCGAGGUGAGCGGCCAGAAGAUCAAGCUGCAGAUCUGGGACACGGCGGGCCAGGAGCGCUUCAGGGCCGUCACGCGUAGUUACUACAGGGGGGCCGCGGGCGCACUCAUGGUCUACGACAUCACCAGGAGAAGCACAUACAACCACCUCAGCAGCUGGCUGACUGAUGCCAGAAACCUCACCAACCCCAAUACUGUGAUCAUUCUUAUAGGUAACAAAGCAGACCUGGAAGCCCAGAGGGACGUCACGUAUGAGGAGGCCAAGCAGUUUGCUGAGGAGAACGGUCUCUUAUUCCUGGAAGCCAGCGCCAAAACGGGUGAGAAUGUGGAGGAUGCCUUUCUGGAGGCGGCUAAGAAGAUCUACCAGAACAUCCAGGAUGGCAGUCUGGACCUGAACGCUGCAGAGUCAGGUGUCCAACACAAGCCCUCUGCCCCCCAGGGAGGCCCACUAUCCAACGAACCACAGCCCCAGAGGGAAGGCUGCGGCUGCUAAUGACCCCCCCCCCCCCCCCCCUCUUUCCUCAUCCUCCAUCAUCCCCUCCCCACUCCACUGGGACUGCAUGAGUGUGGGGCACGGAUGGAGGGAGGGAAACAGGCGAUGGGUUGUGUAGUAGUGUACCUCCCUCCUCCCUCUGUUAUUCUCUCACUCUUCUUUUCCGGUCUGUGCAUCCUCCUCCACCUUUUCACUUGGUCGUCAUCUUCACGUCUUUCUCUUGUUCCUUCUCUUCCUCUCCUCCUCUGCACCAUUCAGUCCAGCUCAUCUGCCAUGGGAUUCCAGUUCCACACACAUUUACAUAUAUAAAGACAUGGUUUACUGACACAUAGAUGGGUAAACCUGAAGAAAUACUUUUUUAACGUUUCCUUUUAUAGCUUCUACUAUAUUAUCAAUCAAGUCUCAUCUACCACAUCUGAAACCAACCAAGCCUGUAUAGUCUAACCUCCACUGACAUUGAGUUAUCUAGACACUCUCUCCGCAUCUCUCCCCCUGCAUCACUCCUGCAUGGGUUAAUGAUCUAGGACAAUUUUAAUUGAAGUGAAAUGUAUAUGAGUAAAAUAUUUCCCUCGAUGGCUUGGUCUCUUCCGGGGGAGGAGAUGGUUAGUGAAAGAAAUGAUGUAAUGUAUGACGCGGCCCGCUACGGAUCACUAUUAGCGGUGCGUGUGUGUGUGUAUUUGGUCGUUGUUGAACCUGGUCUAGAACAGGUAUCCACUGUCUCUACCCAAAGCUUCCCCCCUGGUCCUUAUGGUAAAGCUCUGAUACUAGACAGAGAUGGAAUCCCUCUAAUGGUGUUCUACAGUACACCUCAGAGUGGCAACACUAGUGUAGUAGAGAGACACUUUAAAGCCCAAGAGACCUGGAAUUCCCCUGAAACGCCUCUACCUACUUGUCUUUCUCCCUAUAUGACGUCACAGGAAAGGCUCUGGGUGUUUUCCUGCCAGUACAGUGUGUCUGUGUGCAGGGGAUUUCUUUAACUAAGUUAAUGACACUUAAGAAAACAAAACACGUUUUCCUUUAUGGGGAAGAAUUCCUUCAGAUCAUCAGUUUCAUUGCACCAACUUCCUCCUCUUCCCCCCGACCAUAUCAAUAGAAUCUGUCUGUCCUUACCAGCAUUUUCUUUGUCGUCGUUUGUUGCCUUAUUGUUAUGGUUAAUAUUAUUACUGUUUCAUCUUUUCUUUGCUGCGCUUGCGCUACAUACUGCUGUCAAAUAAACAAACAGUUUUACAAUACGGUGAUAUUUUGUGGAGAACAUGGUAACUGGUGUAACACAGGGGUGCUGGUGAAAAAAGGUAGAUGUUCCCCCUUAAAUCCAGAGCUAGGAUUUUAAAAACAAAAGUCAAAUUGGGGCUGUUUUAUAUUUGUUCUGUUUCUUACAUGUACAAGUGUGAAAUGGAAAUGUUAUCUUUUUGUAUAUCCCACUACCCCUGAGACACCCUCGGUGUGGUGUCACAGCCAGGGAUCCUGGAGCAAUUAGGGUUGAGUGCCUUGCUCAAAGACAGAUUGAUAUAUUUCUUUUCACCUAGUCGCUCAGGGAUUUGAACUAGCAGCCUUUCGGUUACUGGCCCAACGCUCUAACCACUAGGCUAUCUGCUGCGAUCAGCUUACCCUAUUCCAGUCCUUACCUUAACUAUUAUGAGGUGAGUAAUUAAAACUGACCCCAAAUCAAUGCUAAGGGGCAUCUUAACCCUACACCUGUGGUCCCUCGCCCCAGCCCACUCUCCCCACAUGCUUGUAUAGUAACAACACCAAGCAACAUGCCCCACCAGAACGGCCCCAAAUGGGAAUAGUUAUUCUGAUUUUUUUCAGGCUCAAUUUCUGUACAUCUGUAGGUGACCAUGCUAUUUGGAGGAUUGGCAAGCCCAGAGAUUGAAGAUACACACAUCUCAGCAUGUUUUUCAUGCUUGGGAAUUCUGUAAAAUUGGCCAGUGAUAGCAGACUAAAAGCAUAGCUGAUGUUUUGGAGCUGUCAAAUCAGUGAGCAGGUGCUCUUGAUCAUUGUCAUGACGCCACACCCAUCCCAUUGAAGUUCAUAAUGAGAAAGUGUUGGUUAUAAAGAAAUAAUCACUCAAAUUAGAAUUCAUUUCAAUCUGCCAAAUCAAGGUGUAGAUUACAUUCCAAUGUAUGAACUUCUAAACAAGUUGCAGCUCUGUGUAGCCAAUGGCAAUGCCCGCUUUAUAUAUAAUGCCAGGAGCCGCUUGUGGAUUUGACAGCUCUAACGCAGUUAAAUCUCCGACACCGCCAAAACAACCGCUAUGCGGAUAUCGGCUAAAGCGGAUUAGAUUAAGCCCAUAGUUUCUAUUAAUAAAUGUGUUUGGACAGACUCCCUCUACUCACUAGUGCUACCUGGUGGUUCCAUCGUUUUGUUUCUUCACUCUUCAUCCUCAGUCUGUGUAGUGGGGGAGUGGAAGUGUACAAACUAGUGCUUUGUCGAUUCUACUCAACUCUUGCUUGUAGGAGGUGGAGUGGAGAAUGUCACUGAGUUUUUUUUCUCUCUGUGUAUUUCUUAGGCACCAUGUAAUGUUGAAUGAAAUUGGAUAAAACUAUGACCAAAGUAUGAAAAAUUGCUUCUACAUUGAUAGUGGUCCCCUCCCCAAUGUCGGAGGCGGGAUUAUUAAGGGGAUAGGGUGCCAUCACCCUAACUAAUUUUAAUACACCAAUGGUAACAUGAUGCAUUGCUGUCUUAAUUUUGGGGUGUGGGAAUUGGCUGGUGGGAGGGUCUAAAGAUGGGUCCUCCUACGUUAUAAAACGUACAUGUAUACAUUUUGAAGGAGCUGUGCUAACAUUUAAAUGCAUUCUUGCGUGUAUAUGAUUUUAAUGACAAAAUGCUCUAGACAGAAAAUACAUUAUACAUAACCUGUU